CCCUAGCCCCCUUGUUUCUUUUAUUAUCUCCCUCUCGCAAGCUUUCAGUUUUAGCCGCACGCCCUCCGGCGUUUCUCUUCUCCCUCUCUCGUCCGCUAUUCACCGCCGCCUUUGUCCUCCAUCUCCGGCGAAGCAGCACGCGAGCGGCGGCGACCUGUAAGAACUCACCACGCGCCUUUCCCCAGCGACGGCGGCAACGGACGACGUGAACUCCCCAAGCAGCCGCGGCGGUUCAACCCAGACAGCGGCAAUCUAUUCCCUUAGACGACGUUCGGCAGUGACCUUUCCACACUGAGCCAGCGAAGACCCGAGCCGUUCGGUAAGGACCAAUCGGAAUCAGUUGAUUGAGCUUGGGUGUCUCGCCGCCGUGAAUCAUGUUGAAAGUUAGAACUCCCAAAAAUGGAAAAGUUAAACGAGAGCUGGAGAAACGCGCUCCCAAACUUGUAGAAACGGGGAAGAAGACGCUGAUACUUCAUGGUACAAAAACGAGCAGCGUGCUGAAUGCAGUAUUGACGGAGAUUUAUCACCUGAAGAAAGAAAGCGCUGUCAAGUAUUCUCGUAAGAAUGAUGGAAUUAAACCRUUUGAAAGUGGCGGCGAUGCAUCUUUGGAAUUUUUCUCUCUGAAAACUGAUUGCAGCCUCAUCGUGUAUGGUUCUCACUCAAAGAAGCGACCCGAUAACCUUGUCAUAGGGAGAACCUAUGAUCACCACAUCUAUGACCUUAUCGAGGUUGGGAUUGAAAAUUUCAAGUCAAUGCAUUCCUUCGCAUACGAUAAGAAACUAGCUCCAAAAGUGGGGUCGAAGCCUUUCAUCACCUUCAUUGGUGAAGGAUUUGAGAGCGUAGAAGAGCUGAAGCAUUUAAAGGAAGUGUUGCUUGAUCUAUUUAGAGGAGAGGUUGUAGAGAAUUUAAAUCUUGCCGGAUUGGACCGUGUAUAUGUAUGUACAGCCAUCUCACCAAAUAAAGUAUUUCUCACUCAUUGUGCAUUGCGAUUGAAGAAGUCAGGUACACUAGUCCCAAGAAUGGAACUAGUUGAAGUCGGUCCCUCAAUGGAUAUGGUAGUUCGCCGCCACCGACUUCCUAGUGAUGGCCUAAGAAAGGAAGCCAUGAAAACAGCCAAGGAUCAGGCCAAGAAGAAGGAGAAAAAUGUCAGCGUGGAUGCAAUUCAAGGCAAGAUUGGAAGGAUAUAUAUUCCUGAUCAGAAGGUUGGAGAAAUGGCUAUACCUAACAAAUCGAAAGGAGUGAAGARAGAACGCCGUGAAGCGAAAAUGAAAAAUAGCACUGAUGGGCCAGCACCUAAAAAAUCAAAAGAAGAUUCAGAAUAGUUCCAAUCAGUGUAUUACUAUUUGAUCGAAUUCUUUUCGCUAAGUCGAGUCACUGAGCAGACAAAAGAAAUUUUUAUUUGCUUUUAUACAAUUUUGUUUUUGGUCUUCAACUUGGAUUCUUUUCAUGCUAGUCUACCUUUUAUCAUCUUAACCACUCAGGUUUUUGCAAAGUUUGAUUGUGAACCUCAUUUAUUGGUUGGCUAGGAACUAGCAAAUGGAAUGAUCCUUCAAGAUCAGUUGUGGAAGGAGAUA